GAGUUCAUUCGCACUACAGCAGAAGCGCCCUCCAGAGAUUCACUCUCUCUCACACACACUCUCACUUCAGGAAUAUGUGUCAGAUGGAUGGUGAGGCGGAAAACAAGAGCGUUUAAAAUAUGGUGCAAACGGUACGCGCCUCCGCGCUUCGCUUGACCUUUCAUCAGGACAAAGGAAGUAGAUGAGCCGUUCUAAGCUACUGCCAUUUUCAGGUCAGUCGAGGAGACUCGCCGGUGCUCGAACUGUCGAUAAGCGGAAUACAGAGCGAAGCGAUGAAGCACCGUGAAUGAUUAUGGCCGAUAUUCAACGAAAGGGCACGGACAGAGGUAGAGGCAGCAUGACAUCAGUAUACUCGCAGCAGCACGCGAGCGGAAAACCGUCAGACAUUCAGGAGCUGGCGUCCAAGCGCGUGGACAUCCAGAAGAAGCGCUUCUACCUGGACGUGAAGCAGAGCACCCGCGGCCGCUUCCUGAAGAUCGCCGAGGUGUGGAUCGGCCGAGGCCGGCACGACAACAUCCGCAAGAGCAAGCUCACCCUCUCUAUGUCUAUGGCGCCCGAUUUGCGCUACUGCCUGGGCGAAUUCAUCGAUUAUUACGCGCACAUAGGGCUUCGAGGAAGCCAGGCGCCAGACCACCGGCCGGAGGGGCAGAGCAACGGUCAGGGACGGGCGCCGUACCCUCGCCUGAGAGCAGCGGAUCUGACGGCGUCCCCCAGCGGCUCUGCUGCGUCCGAGGAGCAGACGCACAGGGUGCUGAAGAGCGAGUUCAUCGAGCGGGACAAUAGGAAGUAUUACCUGGACCUGAAGGAGAACCCGCGCGGCCGGUUCCUGCGCAUCAGGCAGACAGUCAACCGAGGACACGGAAGCAUGGGUUACUACGGGCAGGGUAUCGAGCAGACCAUCGUGCUGCCCGCGCAAGGUCUCAUCGAGUUCAGAGAUGCGCUGUCUCAGCUCAUCGACGACUACGGUGACGACGAACCAGAGCGGGCCUGCGCGCGAGACCACGACGAGUCGCCCGAGCUACCCGAUGCCGCAUCGUUCCGCGUCGACAACAAGCGAUUUUACUUCGACGUAGGUUCGAACCGCUUCGGCGUCUUUCUGAAGAUCAGUGAGGUCCGGCAGCCCUACAGGAACACUAUUACCGUCCCGCUGAAAGCCUGGGCCAGCUUCGGCGAGAACUUCAUGAGGUAUGAGGAGGAGAUGCGGCACAUCUUCACCUGUCAUGAAGAGAAGAGGACAGGCACGGAAGAGCACGAGGAUUGACGAAAACUAACGUACUUCUGAUACUUUUGAUUGUUAGUUGUAUCUCUAGUCUCCUGCUGUACUAGCGGACGAUCGUGACCGGUGCCGGACAGGUGCAGUCUUUCAUUAGGUGUGUGUGUGUGUGUAUGAGAGCGCUUAGUAGAGCAUUGGGAUUUGGUGUUAUUACAUCCAGUACUUCUUCCCAGGCUUAACGUGUGGGGCUGCUGUGCAAUUUCUCAAAGCUGGGAAUCAAAUAAUCAAGGUCUUAUUAAGCACUUAUAUCAGAAAUGAAGUGCACACGAUCAAGUGCGGAAUAUUUCGAUUGUUCAAAGUGAAGUUUAUUUUAUUUAUUUAUUUUUUUUUAAGCUUGACUUUGUCAAUGAUAAAGAGAACUGCAAAAAUUUGCCAUUGCACAAAUACUGAUUUCCUCAUUUGAAAUUAGAAACCAAAAAGUGCAUUAAUAUUUACAAUAUUUGGAUGAAUUAUUUACACACUAGCCUAAUGAAAAAUACCUAACACAAUGAAGCUGCUCUAACUAUAAAGCAUCAAAUAUAUGACAUUGUGUGUCCAUGCUUUAGCAUACAUGAAUGGACACCUCAAUGUGACAUUUUUUAAAAGUUUUAAGUUUUUAAAAGUGGCUUUAAAUAAUGGAUUUUAAUCUCUCUGAUGAGACAAAAUCAUCAUUGAUAGGUGUGCAAUAUAUUAUUUUUUCCUGACAGUUGUUUUAAUAUAACUGAAUUUAGUUUAGCUUGGUUUGCAGGGUUAUGUGGUCAUAUGUGAAAUGCUGAAAAUAAUUGUCACACUGGAUUUACACAAACCUAAAAUAGGAGCAGACGCACAGGGUGCUGAAGAGCGAGUUCAUCGAGCGGGACAAUAGGAAGUAUUACCUGGACCUGAAGGAGAACCAGCGCGGCCGGUUCCUGCGCAUCAGGCAGACAGUCAACCGAGGACACGGAAGCAUGGGUUACUACGGGCAGGGUAUCGAGCAGACCAUCGUGCUGCCCGCGCAAGGUCUCAUCGAGUUCAGAGAUGCGCUGUCUCAUCUCUCUGAUGAGACAAAAUCAUCAUUGAUAGGUGUGCAAUAUAUUAUUUUUCCCUGACAGUUGUUUUAAUAUAACUGAAUUUAGUUUAGCUUGGUUUGCAGGGUUAUGUGGUCAUAUGUGAAAUGCUGAAAAUAAUUGUCACACUGGAUUUACACAAACCUAAAAUAGGUACCAAUGCAUUUAACAUGUCAUUCCUCUCAAAACAAUAGCUGUUUAAAUCUACUUAUCGUCAUACACAUAUUCUAUUGCAUCACUAAUACGUAAUCAUUUGUUUUUUAAAUAGUAUUUGAUCAAAUGUAAAUGUCCUUCACUUCAAAUUCACUGGAUUGAAGGAAAUGGUUUUUGCAGAUUUUGGCAGUUUUAAGUCUAUACUGAAAUUGGGCCUACUAUGCACAGUAUGCAUUUUGCAAUCUGAAUUGCUUUCAAAUAAAAUAUAAACAAUGUAGCCUAUUAUUAUGAAAACACAGGAUUUGUUAACUAGUUGCCUUUACUAUAACUUUUUCCUGGGGUUGUAGCAUUUAGAGACAUGGCUUCUGUUUAUUUGUACUGUAAUUAUUGUCCAGCUGACAGGAAAAGCAAUUCAUUUCAGCACUUCUUUUUUUCCCCCUGUAUUUGUAAAUCGUCUGUGUGUGUGUGUGUGUGUGUGAGAGAGAGAGAGAGUAUUUAUGUUUUAGCAGAAAAUGACUGAAUUAUGGAUCAAUUCUGUGGGUUAGUGUUAAGAUGCAUAUCUAUAACAGACACCACCUACAGGAAGCACUUUAUUCAAACAGCACUUUGAGCUGCUUCAUCUGCUUUACCACUGCAAAGAGAACCUUCAUUUUUGCCCCAUAUGUAAAGAUUCACAAUCACGCUCCCAGAUUAGCACCUCAGCCUUUCAGAAGUGCAUUCAUCUGUUUGCUCUCUGCACUUCUUGGUUCAUUUCGAUCAGGUUUGAUUGCAAUGUGUUAUUUCAAGGAUCUGAUUAGCAUAUCACUGACACCAAGUAUUCAGUCUUGCGAUUGUAUUGUUCUCUUUGUGUAGUUCGUUUCUUAUGACUGUCUGCACACCGAUUUCUUACAAUAAGGGCUGUUAUAAAAGGACGCAGUAUAUACUAGCCUGGGUCAUAAUGCUUAGUAUACAGAUUUCCUGUAUUUAUAAGGUAGGAAGGUUGAGGCAGUUAUUUUCACUUCAAAUUUCAAACCUUUUUUCUACCAGGCGCAUCAAAAUAUUUAGAUGGCACCAUCUGGUUGUCCUCUUUUAUCUAUAAAGUUGUAAACGUGUAAAGCUGGUGCAAAAUUGAUGAACCAUGUGCACUUUAAAAAUCAGUACAGGUUUGUUCCCAACAAAGAUGUUAGUAGAAGUAUACUUGUUAUACAUGUAUGUGCAAUGCAUGACCAGAAGAGAGCAGUGUUCGUAUGAUGUUUUUCUUGCUUUAUGUAUAGUCAGAAUAUAAAUAUUGUUAGUGUACACAAUUUACCACCCUGAUAAAGGCGCUUAUUUCAUUCUAAGUGAAUUAUUUGGGAAGACUGAUGUUUAUUUUCCUGUAGUGUUAGAGGAAACAGCUAUGUCAAUUUAUGAGGCCAUCUCAAAAUGCGAUUAUAUUGCAGCUAUAUCUGAGUUACUCAAAACACUUGAAUUCAUGAAAUUGGACUGUUAUGCAUAACAUGAAGUCAUGAAGUCACAGUUUUCAACCCAUAAGCCUUAAAAUCAUUACACUGUGGUUGAAAUGAUUGACUUUAGGGUUACGAAUUGUCAUUCCAACAUAGUUUGCCUUCAUCUCUAAAAUAUAACUUUUUGAAUGCAUGGUGUUAGAAAACAAAAUAACAGAUGAAAAGGUUUUUUGAAUGUGACAAUGUGACCAUGCAAAUAAAAUGAACAAUAAUACAAAGUAAAACAGAAAAACA